CAGAUCCCCCCCUCCUUCCUUUGGCACAGGCAGGCUCUUUAUAAUAUACUUUCUAUUUUUAGUUAAUCUAUUGAUUUGAGUGUUCACAAUUAAGAAAUGAGCUAAUUGUUGUUCUUGAACUUUCUGUCUGGUAUUAUGAGAUGAAUGCAGCUUGUUACCUCGACCCUCGUGGCCAUUACUGGGUUAAUUUUUCCUCUGCUGAUGAGCUGAACAGGGAUUAAACAUCACUCACACCAUCUUGGGAUACUUCUCUCUCUCUCUCUCUCUCCCUUUUCCGUCAGUCUCUCAAGACUAACAUGAAUAUAUCGUACUCCUUAUUCUCAGAUACAGAACACUUUUCACGUUUUGUGAGUUUUAAUAGCUUUACAUGUUCCUUCAGCAUGUAAAGUGUUGAAGCUCUUCUGGUGUGUGAGCUCCAUAGGCUCUGGCCAGUUGCCGAGGCCGCGCUGUACGGCCAUAUGGCUACGUGUUGACAGCUCAGAGUGCAGAAAAACAAGGACUUAGUGUGUUUGACCUUUCUGAGGGAAUGUUUGAAUCCUGGGGCUUGGUUUUCCAAAGCACAACUUUUACUUUUGCCUAUAGCACCUGCCUUACGUUGUAGUGGGUGUUGCAAAUAUAAACAUGUGGCGGAACGAAAAGCUUUUGCUGUUAUUUGUUUAUCAUGCAUUCAUGGAUUUCUGGCCACUAGGGGGCAGAAACGCAUCAUAACAAGCUCGCAGCUGAUACAUUAGGUGUCAUGAAGCUGUUAAAGCUUACAUUGUAGCAAACAUUGUAGCCUGUUUAACAAUAUAAUGAACACAUUAGUCAUUUAAAAAAAAAAAAUUGUGCACCUGAUGAAUGCAAAUCCAAUAUCCUCUCCUUUUUUGCACUGGUUUGGUUUUCUAGAACUCCUGGAUCUACAUAUCUGCCUCUUUUAGCUACUUUGUUACCUAGUCACUAACUCUGUCUUCCUUUUGGUGCUGGACUUUCACCCCGGAGACCGCUGUUCGUGUCCCAUCUGAAACAAAAAGUCAACGUUGACUCGUUAGUCAUUCGUUGGUCAUGUGAUUCGUUAGUCAAGUUAGCCUGCACCACGAUCCCUUUUCUAACCUUAACGCCUAAUUUAUACCUCUGCGGAAAAGCCUUUGCAGAGUUUGCGCAGAGCCACGGAGAUUGUUUUGCGGAGCCCGCGCACCUCCUGAAAAAUCAGACUCCGCACCAGGCUGCAGAGGUUUGAUUGGACAUCAGAGAUAAAUCCUCUUGCUUUGUGUAUUUUUUGAAGCCUUUGGUUGCUACAAUCAGCACGAUGCUCCUGUAUAAAAUGCUAUUGCCCAGAUACAGUGCAUAUGCUUUGGUACAUAAGAUGCUGGUAGAAGGUUUUAAGGUCAGCGGGGUUGACGGGGUUAAUGGACUGUACAGUUCAUGUUCCAGACACAUUGAUUUUAAAAGAGGACGUUUAACCACCUGCCUAAACAAGCAAAGAUGAGCAUAUGUUAAAUAACAGGUUCAUAUUUUUACCUUACUUUUGUAGAUCUGGCCAUCAUUUCCACCUGCAACAAUAACAUUGUACUCGAUGUUCAUUGUAAACAUCCAUUACAGUUCACAGACAGACUUCGACCCACCAGAGUUACAGUCGUGGUGAGCUUUCCAUUUCCCUUCAUAACGACAGAUUUUCAGUUUUACCUCAACAUUAGGGGUUUACAUCGUGUGGAUGAAGUGAACUGUCUUGUUUACAGCCUGUGUGAUCUUCUGACUGCUUGUGUUUUAUGCCCUGCCAGGCAUCUUUUUAUCGAUGUUGCCAAGUCGCCAGACCUCAGCAAAUAAUUUGGGAGAGUGCAAUACCAUCUUAACUGAUGGAGACAAGGACCACAGUGUGAUAAACUGGAGUUCUCCUUUUAAGAGGAAGAGAGAGAGAGAGAGAGAGAGAGAGAGAGAGAGAGAGAGAUAUCCUGUUGAGCUGAUGCUUCCCCUGUUUGCCAUGGCGUUGGAUGUCCGGCUAACACCACCACUUUCCUGCAGUGGCGUAGUAAAUCUGAUGCACACCAGACAGAGUAAACAGAGAGAGAGAGAGAGCGAGAGAGAGAGAGGAGUAGGUUAUAUAACACUACUCUUCGGUGGCAGAUUCCGCUCCUCCUCUUUAAAUAAUUCCCCUCUUUCCUCCGGAUGAGCGGCAGCAGCAGCGGGGCUCUGAGUCGGACGCCUCUCCCAUCGACCCGGUGGAGCUGCACCCCUCCUCCCUCUCCUCCGGCUCUCUUCCUGCUCGCUCCUCCCUCUCUUCCGCCCUCCCUCCUUCCUUCACUUUCUAACCCCAAUCCUCCUCCUCGUCCUCCUCCUCCUCCUCUCCUCUCAGCUGUGGAUGCCCUCCUCACUUCCAGUAUGGACUCGGGAGGGGAAGGAGAAGAGGGUUGGAUGGAGGACCAGUGGGAGAAAUGGUUGACCCAUGACAUCAGCCUGGAUGAGUUUGAAGAUGACGACCUGUCGGAGAUUACAGAGAUCACAGACGAGUGCGGGAUGAGCCUCAACUGCAAUGGCCUCAAUAUAAAGGGCCGUGUGAGGAGAGGAACCAAUAGCAUGUCGGGGAGGGCAGAGCUCGGUGCCGUCGGCCAGAUCCAGGCAGAGAUGCUGCAUUUGGAACUCAUCGACGGUGCUGACGGUUACCGCUGUGACAAAGAGUCCUCGAAGGCGUCAGCCAUCGCACCCCCGCCAGUCACCAAGGACCCUGCGACACCUGUUACUAUGGAUACCUACCGGCCCAAGAGACCCACGACCCUUAACCUCAUCUCGAUUGUGCCGCGCACACAGGACACACUCAACAACAACUCCUUUGGGAAGAAAUACAGUUGGCAGGAGAAGGUUUCAGGCUCGUCCUCGCCUCUUAAAACAGGCGAGCUCACCCCUCCGCGCGAGCACAGCUGUCUGAGCGACGAGGACAAGGUGCAGGGCGGGGGAGCGCAGACCAAAGACCGCGGGACCUCCACCGACGCCCCCUGCAGACACAGCCACACCUCCGGACACUCGCACGGCUCGUCCGCGACUCGCUCCAAGCUUCAGGAGAAGCCGCCGGCGCCGCCCCCACCGCAGAACUACACGCCGGCUCCGCUGUACCCAGCGGGGAAGGCGGAUGGAAACGGACACCACCAGGAGAGGAUCCGCUACCACAUGGACGUCCAUCUGGAGCCAACGGAGGAGAUCUACCUAACUCCCGUGCAGCGCUCCGCAGACCCUCUAGACCCCCCCGACGAGCAGGACCGGCCCUUCCUCUCGCAGCAGACUGAGCAGGGCCGCAUGUCCAUCAGCUCAGACACGGAGGGCCCGCCUCCUUACCAGCCCCUCCCAGACCGGACAAACCCCUCCAUCUACGAGGAGGACGAGGUCUACGUCCCCCCACCUUCAUAUUCUUCUUGCAUAGAGUCCCUCAUCACGCCGCCCAGCAUGGCUCGCUCCUCCCUCACGCUGGACCUCAGCCUGAAGGGGGCGGGAACGGAGGCCGGGGUCAUGCUGAGACCCGGAUCAUCGGUGGAGUACGUGGACGCCACGGACGAAAGCUACUGCGGCGAGGAUGAGGAUGUGGACAGGGUAAUAAUGGAUGGAAGGAUGAAGAAGGGGGGAGGAGCGGGGGAUGGCGGUGGCAGCAGAGUCCCACUAAGAACUUCCAUGAACUCGGAGGCCAGCGGCCUUUCGUAUGACUCGGUCAAAUACACUCUGGUGGUGGACGAGCACGCUCAGCUAGAACUGGUCAGCCUCCGGCAGUGUUAUCAAGGCUACAGCGACGACAGCGACUCCGCAACCGUCUACGACAACUGCGUCUCCUCUCCCUACGAGUCGGCCAUCGGGGAGGAGUACGAGGAGGAGGAGGAGGAGGAGGAAGAGGAAGAGGAAGAGGAGGAGGAGGAUGAUGAUGAGGACGGCAUUCAGAUAGGAGGAGUGAGGAGAGAGGCGACGGCUUGUCUGUCUGAGGACUCCACUCCAGAGGUCGACCUGCACUUCUCCAAGAAGUUCCUCAACGUCUUCAUGAAUGGACGCUCUCGCUCCUCCAGUGCAGAGUCCUUCGGCUUAUACUCCUGCCUCAUUAAUGGAGAGGAGCGGGAUCAGAGCCACAGAGCUGUCUACAGGUUCGUCCCUCGUCAUGACGAUGAGUUGGAGCUGGAGGUGGAUGAUCCUCUGCUGGUGGAGGUCCAGUCGGAGGAUUACUGGUACGAGGGCUACAACAUGCGAACUGGUGCCCGUGGGAUCUUCCCAGCGUAUUACGCUAUAGAGGUGACCAAGGACGCUGAGAGCUACAAAGUGAAGAGCAGUGAAUGGGUGGACAGAUACCGGCUGAAGUUCCUGGGCUCAGUUCAAGUGCCCUCCCACAAAGGAAACGAUGUUCUGUGUGCAGCUAUGCAGAAGAUUGCCACCAACAGACGGAUGACAGUCAAGUACAACCCGCCUUCCUCCUGCAUCCUGGAGAUCAGUGUGAAAGGCAUCAAGCUUGCAGUUCAAGAGGAUUAUUACGCCCGUGAUAGAAGUAACGAGUGCAGCCACUUCUUCCAGUUGAAGAACGUCUCCUUCUGCGGCUACCACCCCAAAAACAGCAAGUAUUUUGGUUUCAUUACUAAACACCCGGCAGACCAGAGAUUUGCCUGCCAUGUGUUUGUGUCUGAAGACUCCACUAAACCUCUUGCAGAGUCAGUAGGGAAAGCCUUCCAGUUGUACUAUAAAGAGUUUGUGGAGUUCUCGUGCCCAACAGAGGACAUCUACCUGGAAUAGCCCUGCCCUGCCUUCAACCACAGCUCUGUACAGUACAUAACAUAAUUUUGCAUGAAGGACAGUCAUAUCUAAAAUAUCAAUAAAGGCAUAAACAAGACAAACAAGCAGGAAAACAAAGGAGCCCGUGUUGGAACUCUGGUGAAACCUCCGUGCGGCAAGAAAAUAUGGAAAUGAGCCAAAGGAGGACCAUUUUGAGAUAACGAAAAUAUGCAAAAUGGAGUCGGGGAGGAGAUGGUGACUGUAGGCUGUCUGUUGGAAAGCACAAACAUUGUAUUACUGCAGCCUUGGCAGCGCUAGUUAGCCUGUAGCAUCAUCUCAGCAGGUGCAACUCUGAAAGCCCAGGAGCCGUAACUGGACGACACCAGCUUGCAUUUGCACUUAACAAGAAAAAGAAAAGGUUGACAUUUGGAAACACAUGAUGAGUUUGUCUGAGCAUGAGGGGAGGUGUAUAUUUACUAAGAGAUGCCCUCACACUGUACACAAUGUACACUAAGUGACAGAAACCCAUGUAGGAACAGUGACCUUUAUCCUUUCAGCUCACCUGAUGUGAAGGUCCACCCUAAAACACUGUUAUAAAACCAGCUACAGGUGAUGUUCUGUGCAUUUGUUGUGGGUCCCACGUUUAGAUGUUUAACGUGGAGCCAAACCUCAUUGUCAAAUCCAGACAAUUUCAGGCAGUGGAACAGAAUGCAAUGCCAGAGUUUCAGUUAGCAGAUCUGUUUUUCUGAAGGUUGAAGGGCAUUCUGGGAAAUGUAGGUAAUCGCUGAUUGAAGUAAGAGUAGACAAGGCAGGGUACUAAACAUCUGAAUCAUGAAUAGCUCCUGAAAUGCACUCAGCAUCACUUGUCCAUGAUUUUUUUUUUUUUAAACAGUGUGAGGGAGUAUGAACGUGGAUUUUUUUUUCCUUUGCAAACUUUUCAUCAGCUUCUAUCGGUACUCAAGUGCUAAGCUAAACAGCUCCCACAAUUUGCCCAGUAAAGCUGUUAGUUCUAAAUGCCUAGCCACACUGUGCUUUUUUAACUGUGUUCUAACUAGAUAUAAAAUCAGUGACGAAGCUGUUGAACGACAAAUCUGGCUUCGGCUCUUUCGGUGGUUCAAGACGAGAUCAAGACGAGAAUUCUCCUUUGUGUGGUGUUUCUAGAAACUUGCUCCUCAUAGUUUUCCACACCAGAAAUAUGAAACGCUCUCAGUGUGGCGGCGAUGGGAUAAUAAGGCUGAGCCUCGGCACAGUAGGUACGGCUGCUGACAAGGGAGUGUCUUCAUAUCUUCACUAGUAGUGCCUCUUUUUCAUCAGAUCAUUGUGACCUUCCUCGGUGAAACAUUAUCACAUUUUUAAGGGAUCGCCAUCGAGUGUGUUGAGUUUGAAUGCAAAUUCCCAUUCCCCCCCCCCCAGUGCACUAAAUUUGCUGUGCUGUACCUGUGAUGUCACAGGUCAUAUUUCAGAACACUGAAAUCGUGCCAACACGGGGCCUUUAUGUCUACAUGUCUAUGUAAUAUGUUAUAGCACACAACCCCUCAAAAGUGCGGUCCGCGGGAACAAAGGCGGAAACAUUUUGUGCGACCCCCGAACGCGACAUGAAAUGCAUGCGUUGUAUUGGAAUCAUCCGUGGCCCUUUUCAAUACUUUACCUUUUCGAUAGUCUACAUUUAACACACUGCUCGGCUACUGUGCCCCCAGGCACUGUGACUCGGUACCAGCUAUGUUAAAUAACAUACACAACUUUGAAACAAAAAAUGUAAAAUGCCAAGGAAAGCCACACAGACAUUUUUUUUUCUUUGCUUAUGAAUAUGUGACAGAACUACAGACUUAAGCAGAGCUGCAACAAAUAAUUGAUUAAUUGAUUAGUUUAUUGACCGAAAUAGAUUUAAGUUAACUUUCAAGUAAAAAUGUCAAACAAUCCCCAGUUUUAGCUUCUCAAAUAAGGAGAUUUUCUGCUUUUCUUGAUCUUAUGCCAUAGUGAACUGUGAAGUGGGUCUUUUUAGGUUUUGAAUUGCAUUGACUUUUCUUGCAUGGCGUGUUAAGAUACCACCAUUCAAUGAUCAGAACAAAAAAACCAAAGGAUUUCAACUAUUUCCUUUUUUAAUGUCAUCCUGGGUCCAGCACGGGUACAGCAUAGUUGUUCUUCAGUGGCAAACAAAGUGUGCUUCCUACAUCAUUCAUCACAAACACUAAUUUCUAACAGAUUAUUUUAUGUGAUCUAUAUUUAACGGAAGAUUAAAUGUCCGUAAAAGAAAGAUAGAUUAAUUAAUUAAGGAUGUGAAAAAUUGUCCGUUCAGGCAUCUCGCCAGUCCCCAUGGUUUGUUCCUUUCAACAACAACAACAACAACAAUGGAAAAAUCUGGAAAAAAUGAAGUGGUCUCCUGUUGCUGAUCAAAGCCAACAUGCAGCAUCAAGAGAGCAACGCUGACUUUUAUAUGAGUUCCCUUCUCAAGAGCCAAUCAGGCAGAUAGGAGAAACUGUAGCGGGGGCUAUACAAAGGGUGUAUAGACAUGCCAUAUAUAUA